AUGGACUUGAGCCACCCGCUCCUCCAGGCGGGCGACACCGAACCCGUCCCCUUCCCCGAGUCGUUCCCCCAGCUCCGCCGGCUGGACCGUGCUGUCGUGUGCCCCAUCUGCAAGGAACUCUUCCAAGGUCCCCUUACCCGCCGCCAGUGUAUCCGCUCCUUUCUUGACGUAUCCAAGAAAUGCCCCAGCUGCCAUGAACCAGCCAAGGAAGCCUCCAUUCGCAGGAAUCGCGCACUCGAGGAGAUGACCGACGCAUGGGAGGCUGCCAGAGCCUCAUUACUCGAGCUUGCCCAGCCACCACGGAAGCGUUCUCGCGACUCUGGCGUGGCAUCCUCGUCCAAGCGUACGCGUAACGCGUCUCCCAGGAAGGCGUCCCCCGAGGAGCCAGACAGCGACAUUGAGGUUCUCGAGGACGACAGCACCGAUGUACCUGCAGAGCUCGCUGAGAAUGACGAAGCACCGUGUCCCCUUUGCGCAGCAACCAUGCCCAUCUCCGCCAUCCCCACCCACAUUGACCGCGGAUGCCCACCACCAAAACCCAAGGCUGGACCGUUGAGUGUCGGAAACCAGAAGGCGGACUGGAAAAAGGUCUUCUCGGGCGCGGCGAGUGGAAAGGCCAAAGUGGCGGAUAUGAAGCGUAUCGUCAAGCCAAACUACAGUCUGACCGCACUAGGAGAGCUGAGGGCGCUCCUCACUGAGCACGGUCUCCCGACAACCGGCGACCGCACGGCCCUCGAGAACCGCUUUCAAGAGUGGAUCGUGCUGUUCAAUGCCAACUUGGAUACCUCUCACCCUUCGUCACUACCCGUCCUGCGGACCAAGCUCGCCAGCAUGGAAGCGUCCCGCAAGCGUGACAAGGACAAGGGCAAGGACGAUGAAGUGGACGCUCUCCAGUCCAAAGAGGGACUGAAGCGCCACGCUACGGAUCAGAAGAGCGAGUUUGAGAGGCUCCGACAGCAGAUUCUCAACCGCAAAAACAAGCAGAGUGGCAGUGCAGCGGACACUGCCAUCGAGGUCGAAUGA